AUAUCUCGAUAGGUAUCUUAUAUUGAUAAAGUUAAAUCUAUUUGCUAGUCAGUACUCGAUUUAAGUAUUGUAACAUUUGGUCGAUACGUACUUCCUGUGUUUAUUUAUUAUUCAAAAAGCGUAAAGUGAAAGAAUUAAUAAUAAGAUAUAAACAUAUAAUAAUGUUAAACCAAAAGAAUUCCAUACAAUUUUGAAAUUGUGUUUCUAACAACGAUAAAAAGAAAAUUAAUAUGCCAUCUUUUAGGCAGAAAUUCUCUGGGUUCUUUAGGCAAUUUUCAGCGCCAUCGGAGUCCAGGAAUGACGAGAACGCUUCGAAUCGUUUCAUUAAAAAAUAUCUUACUGGCCAUGAAGUCCAAAAAUACGAACCAAUUAUUUUGCACGGGAGAACUCCGCAGGAAGUGCCACCCCAACAAUUAGGUGGCAUUAAAAGUUACGAAGUGGUAUCAUCGUUGACUGGACCACACGGUGGCCUUAUUUCUGUUAAUCAAACAGAAAAACAUUUGUCGGCAAGUGAUCCAGAAAUUAAUUUUAUUGAUAACCUUGAAGACGAUAGCCAUAAUGGGGAAAAGAAAGUCAGUGUGUCUACUAAUGAUGCAACUGAUGAAACUUCAAAUGUAGAGUCUAAACAAAAUAUUUUAAAAAAGCUUAGACAUCCAUUGGUAGCUGGUGUUGAAAAUUGGAAUGUCCCACACACUAAUGCAUAUGGUGCCAGUUGUUCUUUAUAUGAAGUGCAUCCCAUAACACAUCGUCAUACGGGUGAUCCAAUUGCUGAUUGUUUUGCUAUUGUAACCAGAGCAAAUUCUGCAAUAAUGGUGUUGGCAGAUGGUGUUAACUGGGGUGUCAAGUCAAGAACUGCAGCUAGAUCUGCUGUCCAUGGUUGUGUUGACUAUUUAAACAAAACUAUAUUUACAGCAGAAAAAGAAUCGCCUAAAAACACUACAGACGUUCUUGUAACUUUACUGAGAUCCUUCCACGCUGCCCAUAAUAUGAUACUACAAGAAGAAGGAACUUUGACUACGCUUACAGCAAUUGUAGUACUUCCUUCUACUGUUGAUAAUCAUUACGUAGCUUGUUGUUGUAAUGUUGGUGACAGUUUGGGUUAUGUGUAUAGUUCCAAGUAUGGUGUAAGGGAACUUACUCAAGGCUCACACGAUGUUCACAGAAUGAGAGACAUGAGGGAUGUCAUGGGAGCUUUAGGUCCUGUUGAUGGACAUAAUCCAGAAUUGUCAAACUUGACUUUGUCCAUAACACAAGUUGAUUUGGAUGAUAUAGUUUUUAUUACUUCUGAUGGUGUAUCAGAUAAUUUAGAUCCUGUGGUUGGCCAUUUCACUGGACUUCCCAGCGUUGAAGCAUAUCAAAGACACAAGCUUUCUCUUUUAAGAACAGAAGAUUUGAUUCGUAAUGGAGUGUCUGGCAAGGGACCAGCAGUAGAUACAGCCAAAGACUUAGUAACAUUGUUAUUGGACUUUGUAACCAGGUUAACUGCAGCUAAACGUCGUAUAUUAGAAGAUAUGGAAAUAUAUGCAGAUGCUAAUGGAAAACCCUUGGCUCAAGGAGAAGUUAGACAAAAAAGAAAGGAAAUUAUUAGAAAAAUGUUUGGUGUGCCAGGUAAGUUAGAUCAUGCUACAGUUGUUGCAUUCAAAAUAAGUUCCGGUAAAUAGAAGUUUUUAAAGACAUUAAAUCUAUUUUUUUUGUUUUUUUUUUUAUAUGUUGAUUUAUUGUUUGAUUUAAUGAUUUGUUAUUUUUUUAUUGAAAAAAUUGGUUUUAGAAAUUAUUAAGUAAAUGUUCAGUUAUCAUUAAAGAUUAUUAAAUAUACUUGCUAGUGACUGUACACAGACAAGAUUACUUGAUAUAGAAAUAUUAUCUUAUUAAAAUAAACCUCUAUGAAAUAUUUAUCUUGUUUAUACUUAAAUUACAUCUUUAUUUAAGCUUAGUGAUUUACCAAAUAUCUAUUAGUGCAAUAUUGUUUCCGUCCAAUGGAUUGUUUGAAAUAAACAACAAACUAUAAUUUAGUCAGCUUAUACGUCAUAUUAUUAAACCUCUACUUUAUAUUCAAAACUUUUAUGUGUUAUAAUAUCAUAUUUUAUUGUUUAAUUAAUUUAUAUUUAUAUUUAUUGACUGUUUAUUUUAUCGUUUAUAAGUUAUGACUAACAUCAUAUGAAGACUACUGAUAUUUUGCAUUAUCAGUAAUACUUAUAAGACAAAUAUACUUUAUUCCAAAGUAAAUUAAGCCUAAAACUAAUAUUUUAUAAAAAUGUAUUAAUAUCAAAUAACAAAUAUUCUUAUACUAUUUUUUUUUACAUCUAGUUAUAAGUAUAAUUUUUUUAUUACAUUUAUAAAAAAUUAAAAAAAUUAUCAUAUUUGUCAUAUUAUUAUCAUUGAUUUUUUUUUAAUGAGGAAGUUCUAUUGUAUCAUAGUACUUAAAACUUAAAAUAAUUGUAUCAUUGUUGUAUAAUCGUUACUCAUAAUGCAUAUUAUGUAGAACACAACUUAAAUAUAUUUCAAAAAUUAAAACAUUAGGUAGCUAAAAUAGUGAAAAUAUAAUAUA